CUUCAAAGAUCACAUUAGAUGAUAAAAGAUUCGGUGAAUUUCGAAAACUGAAAUUUGUGUGCAAAACAUUUUAUGAUCAUUAUUAUUACUAUUUCAACAAAAUUGCAACCAGAUACUACUUGAUACAAAAAUAUAAUUCAUUAUAUAGUCCUCCCACUUCAUACAAAUGGAAUGUACGAUACUGUCCCAAAAACAUCUGGAUCGAUAUUGACAAAGAUGGUUCUCGAUUCUCUCAUAAGUUAAGAGUAGGAAAACAACUAUAUGUUGAGACAAAUUAUUUGAAGAAUUUCAAGAGAACAUUAAUAUUUGUGGAUGCUGAAACAUUUUGUAAAUAUGGAAAAAGCAGAUGCCAGAACUGUAAAUCUUAUACAUACUGUGAGACACAAGGAUUCACUUUCUUUGGAAACACAGAAUCAGACUGUAAAAAAGUUUUGAAAAAGUUAGUUCAACCUACUGAUAAUGAUUCUUAUUUAAGAUAUAGUGUAAAUGUUUGUGAAUAUUGUGAUUCAUAUUUGACAGCACUUUACCGAGGCCAAAACUACGAUGCUCUUCUAGAUAGUGAUCAGGAAGAGCAACUUAAAUGUAUGAUUACUGUGAAUUAUUUAGGAAAAGAAACAAGUCUCAAUCUAUUACAUUUUAAAAAUUCUAAAAAUUAUUACUCUCUUGUGACUAAAGUUGAAUUUGAAAGCCUAAAAUCUAUAUGUGAUUUAU